UGAUGAUGGGGAGGAGAUGGAGUAGGUGGAGAAGUAGGGUGAUGAUGAUGAUGAUGAUGCUGCUGAGGUGGUGGAGGAGUAAUAGGAAGAUGAUGAUGGGGAGGAGAUGGAGUGGGUGGAGAAGUAGGGUGAUGAUGAUGAUGAUGAUGAUGGUGAGGUGGUGGAGAAAAAAUAGGAAGAUGAUGAUGGGGAGGAGAUGGAGUGGGUGGAGAAGUAGGAUGAUGAUGAUGAUGAUGAUGAUGAUGAUGAUGAUGUUGAGGUGGUGGAGAAGAAAUAGGAAGAUGAUGAUGGGGAGGAGAUGGAGUGGUUGGAGAAGUAGGGUGAUGAUGAUGAUGAUGUUGAGGUGGUGGAGGAGAAAAAGGAAGAUGAUGAUCGGGAGGAGAUGGAGUAGGUGGAGAAGUAGGGUGAUGAUGAUGAUGAUGAUGCUGCUGAGGUGGUGGAGGAGUAAUAGGAAGAUGAUGAUGGGGAGGAGAUGGAGUGGGUGGAGAAGUAGGGUGAUGAUGAUGAUGAUGAUGAUGGUGAGGUGGUGGAGAAAAAAUAGGAAGAUGAUGAUGGGGAGGAGAUGGAGUAGGUGGAGAAGUAGGAUGAUGAUGAUGAUGAUGAUGAUGAUGAUGAUGUUGAGGUGGUGGAGGAGAAAUAGGAAGAUGAUGAUGGGGAGGAGAUGGAGUGGUUGGAGAAGUAGGGUGAUGAUGAUGAUGAUGAUGAUGGUGAUGAUGUUGAGGUGGUGGAGGAGAAAUAGGAAGAUGAUGAUCGGGAGGAGAUGGAGUAGGUGGAGAAGUAGGGUGAUGAUGAUGAUGAUGAUGAUGAUGUUGAGGUGGUGGAGAAAAAAUAGGAAGAUGAUGAUGGGGAGGAGAUGGAGUGGGUGGAGAAGUAGGGUGAUGAUGAUGAUGAUGAUGAUGAUGUUGAGGUGGUGGAGGAGAAAUAGGAAGAUGAUGAUGGGGAGGAGAUGGAGUGGGUGGAGAAGUAGGAUGAUGAUGAUGAUGAUGAUGCUUAGGUGGUGGAGGAGUAAUAGGAAGAUGAUGAUCGGGAGGAGAUGGAGUAGGUGGAGAAGUAGGGUGAUGAUGAUGAUGAUGAUGAUGAUGUUGAGGUGGUGGAGAAGAAAUAGGAAGAUGAUGAUGGGGAGGAGAUGGAGUGGUUGGAGAAGUAGGAUGAUGAUGAUGAUGAUGAUGAUGAUGAUGAUGAUGAUGUUGAGGUGGUGGAGAAGAAAUAGGAAGAUGAUGAUGGGGAGGAGAUGGAGUGGGUGGAGAAGUAGGAUGAUGAUGAUGAUGAUGGUGAGGUGGUGGAGAAGAAAUAGGAAGAUGAUGAUGGGGAGGAGAUGGAGUAGGUGGAGAAGUAGGGUGAUGAUGAUGAUGAUGUUGAGGUGGUGGAGGAGAAAUAGGAAGAUGAUGAUCGGGAGGAGAUGGAGUAGGUGGAGAAGUAGGAUGAUGAUGAUGAUGAUGAUGAUGAUGCUGAGGUGGUGGAGGAGUAAUAGGAAGAUGGUGAUCGGGAGGAGAUGGAGUAGGUGGAGAAGUAGGGUGAUGAUGAUGAUGAUGAUGAUGUUGAGGUGGUGGAGAAGAAAUAGGAAGAUGACGAUGGGGAGGAGAUGGAGUGGUUGGAGAAGUAGGGUGAUGAUGAUGAUGAUGGUGAUGAUGUUGAGGUGGUGGAGGAGAAAUAGGAAGAUGAUGAUGGGGAGGAGAUGGAGUGGGUGGAGAAGUAGGAUGAUGAUGAUGAUGAUGAUGAUGAUGAUGAUGCUUAGGUGGUGGAGGAGUAAUAGGAAGAUGAUGAUCGGGAGGAGAUGGAGUAGGUGGAGAAGUAGGGUGAUGAUGAUGAUGAUGAUGAUGAUGAUGAUGUUGAGGUGGUGGAGAAGAAAUAGGAAGAUGAUGAUGGGGAGGAGAUGGAGUGGUUGGAGAAGUAGGGUGAUGAUGAUGAUGAUGAUGAUGCUGAGGUGGUGGAGGAGUAAUAGGAAGAUGAUGAUCGGGAGGAGAUGGAGUAGGUGGAGAAGUAGGGUGAUGAUGAUGAUGAUGAUGAUGUUGAGGUGGUGGAGAAGAAAUAGGAAGAUGAUGAUGGGGAGGAGAUGGAGUGGUUGGAGAAGUAGGGUGAUGAUGAUGAUGAUGAUGAUGCUGAGGUGGUGGAGGAGUAAUAGGAAGAUGAUGAUCGGGAGGAGAUGGAGUAGGUGGAGAAGUAGGGUGAUGAUGAUGAUGAUGAUGAUGGUGAGGUGGUGGAGGAGUAAUAGGAAGAUGAUGAUGGGGAGGAGAUGGAGUAGGUGGAGAAGUAGGGUGAUGAUGAUGAUGAUGAUGAUGAUGAUGGUGAGGUGGUGGAGGAGUAAUAGGAAGAUGAUGAUGGGGAGGAGAUGGAGUGGUUGGAGAAGUAGGGUGAUGAUGAUGAUGAUGUUGAGGUGGUGGAGGAGAAAUAGGAAGAUGAUGAUGGGGAGGAGAUGGAGUAGGUGGAGAAGUAGGGUGAUGAUGAUGAUGAUGAUGAUGAUGCUGAGGUGGUGGAGGAGUAAUAGGAAGAUGAUGAUGGGGAGGAGAUGGAGUAGGUGGAGAAGUAGGGUGAUGAUGAUGAUGAUGAUGAUGCUGAUGAUGGUGGUGAUGUUGAGGUGGUGGAGAAGAAAUAGGAAGAUGAUGAUGGGGAGGAGAUGGAGUGGGUGGAGAAGUAGGGUGAUGAUGAUGAUGAUGAUGAUGGUGAGGUGGUGGUGAAGAAAUAGGAAGAUGAUGAAGGGGAGGAGAUGGAGUAGGUGGAGAAGUAGGGUGAUGAUGAUGAUGAUGAUGAUGAUGAUGUUGAGGUCGUGAAGAAAUAGGAAGAUGAUGAUGGGGAGGAGAUGGAGUGGGUUAAGAAGUAGCAUGAGGAUGUUGAUGGUGAUGUGGAUGAGGUGUUGAGGAGAAGUAAGAUGAUGGAUCGGAUGAUGGUGGUGGUGGAGAAGUAGGAAUAUAUCUAGAUUAAUUUACCGGUUUUUAAAAAAAAAUUCUCGUUAUUGUGAGGAGCACAACGUUUCGGAGUAUAUGCUCACUCCUUCAUCAGGUGCAUCAAUGCCCGAUGAAGGAGUAAGUAUUUAGUCAUGUACUCCAAAACGUUGUGAUCUUCAUAAAAACGAAGUUGACAUCCAUACAUUAUCUCUCUUAUGUUUAUCUGUUCUCAAUGCCAUUCAAAGACUUGCAUAACUUGCGGACAAUAUUCUACUAACUAUAUCCUUUUGCAUCACAUGAAGAUGAAGAUCCACUAGCCUAUAUGGAAGCCCAGUUUCUGCCAUUGCCAUUGCAACCUUAGUUGGCUUGACUCGAUCAUGGCGCCACCCCGCGUAGAACAAGAGUGGUGUCCCUUGUGAUGAAAACGCGAUAUCCAAUCAGAUCGCUGUUCUAAUUUGGAAUGGCUUUUCAAAGAUGGCUACCAUUACAGACUACCUGGUCGAUCGGAUAACGAAAAGAUUUGAGAUUUCAUACGUGACAGGCUAACAAAAUAACAGAUUACCACAGUAAAGAUACUUACUACUGCCAUAUGUCGCCCUUACAAAAAUAAAGGCAUACAGACGACACAGUACAGUAAAGCACGGUUAUAACGAACUCAAAGUGACUACUAAUUUUAGUUCGUUAUAACCGUAGUUCGUUAUAAGCAUAUAUACAGUAUAACAACAGCAAAUAGUCGGGACCAAAAAUGUAAGUUCGUUAUAUCCGUCAGUUCGUUGUAAGCGUGCUCGUUAUAACCGUAGUUUACUGUAUCACGUAACAUGAAACGCUCAUUGGGGAUCGUCUGAAAAUAGCACUGCAUCUCAGUCAAUGCGAUAAGCGUAAAGUUGUUCGAGUUAAAAAGCAAUGAAGUUUGCACUCUGAUACAUAAAAGUAAUUGUGCAAGUUUGAACCACUUCGAAAAGAUUUGUCUUCGCUGAAUUUGUGGAAUCAAUCCAGCACAUUCGACAGGCGAUGUUUGUAAUCAUAGAAGCGACCAUGUUUUCAGAACCAGGAUGUUGAAUUUGUAAAAUGGUCUCUGAUUGGACUAUCGAUAUGUGUGAUAGUCCUCUCAUAUCUUAUCACCGAAAAGUAGGCUUGAAGUGGCAAGGGCAGAAACUAUGCUUUGAUAUAGGCUA